UGGCCCUCCAUCUUUUCCGGAUUGGAAGUUAUCGCGAAUCGGUUGACCUUGAGUCAUAGGGACGGCGGCGGUUCGCCGACUCUGUAUGAUCUUCUAGUCAGUCUGGGGAUUGGCCACACUGCCACGUUGAAGUUGGCUGAUGUGAAGGCUGAACUGGAUUAUUUUCCUGGAACCAUGCUUCACAUUUCAGGCAUGGUUCUGGAGCAUUCGGUUGGGCCUUGGAAUGAGGGAGAACGAUUCGUAAUCGCU